ACGUAACGCGACGACUGCGCAGUCAGUCACUGUUCUAUAAAUUUUGGUAUCAGCCAUUGUUGUUGAUCCAUUUAUUGUGCGAGAAACUAAUUAGAAGCUUCAAGAUGACAGAUUCCAUGAAUUUUGGUCCUGAAUGGUUGAGAAAUCAGAUAUCAUCAGAUGGAUCUUCCACAGGUAUUGGCGCAGGCGGUACACGAUAUCAGCUAGCAGAUUAUCGGUACGGAAGAGAAGAGAUGCUAGCUUUAUUUGAAAAGGAAUUACGAGCCCCGAAUUCUCUGAGCACAUUCCCAGCAUUAUAUUCAGAGAUAUCAUUACCUCCAGUUGCACUGUCGCCAGUCGUUGAUGACGAGAGACCUUGGGCAACUCGAGGUCCUCCCAUGGGUCCGGCAGUACGUGGGGGUCGAGGUGCUGUCGGACCUGGUGAACGUGGUGGUCGUAUUGCUAGAGGCGGAGGAAGGGGUGGCACCUUCCAAACCUAUAGCACUCGACCUGGCGCGUUUGAUGCUGCGGGUGGAUGGGGCAACGGAGAACAAUCCGACUGGAGUCCAAGGAAGGAAUUUAACUACAAUAGGUCAACUGCUGGCGGUGUUGACAAUUGGAGACGUAAUAGGAAUGAUGAACUUGGCGAUGGAUGGAGACACACAGCAGGCCUUCAGGGACGUGGUGGUACAAACUCAGAAAAAUGGACCAGGACUUCCAGUUGGAGAGAAGGUGAUGACGAUAGAGGAGGACCUGUGGACAAAAUGAAUAGGAGUUGGCAUGAGGUUCCUCGAGGACCAAUGAACCAACCAAAGCGUGUUAUUGAAAAUGACGAUCAUUUGCCAGAAUGGGUAACUGAGAAUUUGGGAGAAGGAGGUGGUACGUUUGAUUCCAGUGGCGCAUUCCACGGUUCUGACGAGGAACAGAUUACUUUUUUACAGGAAUUGAAAGGUUUUAGGAGGGAAAAUAAUUUGCAAAAAUCAAGUUCGCAGCAGAAUAUCAGCUCCAAGUCUCAACAUGUGCCUCUUUCUACAUCAAAAUCUGCCUUGUCUUUGUCUAAACCACCUGAACCCCCAUCAACUAUUGCGAAUGUGGUUGAAUCCGUGAACCAUGUACAUGAGAAUGAAAAAUUGAAAGCUAUUGAAGAAAAAGAAGUUAUGGCUGUGAAAGAAGAUGGUACAAAUAACAAACAUAAAAUACCGAUAAAUAUACCCUCUAUAAAGCAAUCCGUUCUACCUAAACCUCGAAAACAGACGCAACAAAUUAUUCAGCAAGAAGAGGCUAACAAUGUUGCAAUGAAAGGAAAUAUGAACCAAAAUAGUGUUAUAGAUGAUGUUGGCAAUAGGGUUGUUGAUGAAGAAUUUGAAAAGUUACAAGAAGAUCUAGUAUUGAAGUUGGUUGUAGAUGAAGAACCUCCAACGAAUUCCCCACUUGUAACACAUUCAAAUGGCUUACCACCACCUCCAAAUAUGAUGCCUAUUCAAGAUAAAUGGUUUUAUCAAGAUCCUCAGGGCGAUUUACAAGGACCCUUUUUAUCAACAGAAAUGGCAGAAUGGUUUAGAGCAGGUUACUUUACAACAACUCUCUAUGUACGUAGGCAAUGUGAUGAGAGAUUUUACACCUUGGGCGAUUUGGUAAAUGUUUGCGGAGGCGGAAAUCCGUUUCAAACAUUUGUAUUAGCGCCUCAGAAAAAAGAAAAAGUGCCGGAUGAUAUCCAGUUUCAAUAUGCACAACAACAAGCAAUGCGUGCUGCUGCUGUUAGUAGACCUUUUGGACAAGGAGAACCCUGGAAUGCCAUUAAUCCUAUUCAGCAAAGAGAAUUAAUAAACCAACAAAUGAUGCAACAUUAUAUGGCUGACACCAUCAUGCUACCAACUAAUCAAGUUCAUCCAAUGAGGCAGCAGAUUCUCAAGGUUAAUAAGUUAGCCGUUAAUCCAACACUUGAGAAACAACCAAACCCGAUUCCAUUGGAUCCGCUUCAGGCAUUAGUUCAUCAAAUGGGUGGUCUCCAAUGCAUGCAGCCGAGUCGUAUGCACGUGAAACCAAAUAUGGCCCAUAACAUGUCCGGACCGCCGCCAAUGAAACACGACGUAUUGCCUACACCCACUCUUCACGGAAUUCCUAUGAACGGUGGCGGAAUGCCGAUUAUUCCUCAAAAUAAUUUGAUUCCUCAGAAUAAUCUAAUUCCUCCAUCGGUCAUUCCCAAGCAACCUAGUGUUAAUAAGAUGGACGGCGAUAACAAUAUCAACAUGUUGCAUUACUUGCAACAAAAACCACCAGUUGAGCAACAACAGCCGAAUAUGGAUUUAGAAAUGUUCUGGAAGACCCAAUUUGGUAAUCAACAACAACAACAACAGCACAUGCCACAACCAUCACAACUGUUGCCCCCCUGGCCUGCUACAGAUAAACCUAUUAGUAUGUGGGAUAUGCCACAGUCAGGUCCAGCUAAUAUGUCUUCGGCUCCUCCAGAAAUCCAUCAAAUGAAUAACGAGAAUCUUAAUAUUAAAGAUAAUCAUAAAAGCGAUGUUAACAAUGAUGCCAUAGCAGCCGCUGCAAUUGCAGCAGCUAAAGAAGAAAAGAAACGAAAGGAACUAGAGGAGAAACAGGCUAAAAAGGAUGCUGAGGAAAAAAGGAAGAUGGAACAGAGGAAGCAAGAAACCGAAAAGAAGUUACAGGAGGAGAAACGUAAGAAGGAUGAUGAUAGAGUUAGGAAAGAAAUAGAAAAAGCCAAAAAAGAAGCAGAAGAGAAACGGCAGAGGGAACUUGCAGAGAAACGACGCCUGAAGGAAAAAAGAAAAGCUGAUGAAGAGGCUAGAAAAAAAGCUGAGGAAUUAAGGAAGCUGGAAGAACAGGAACGAGAAAAAUUGGCAGCAAAAGAACGCGAGGAACAGCAAAAGAAGCAAGCGGAGUUCGCACGCCAACAGGCAAUAAACAAUCAAAACUGGGGAAAGACCGCACCGUGGAGCCAAUCAUCCAGUAACCAAGGUCUUAGUUUAUCCGAGAUCCAAAAAUUGGAGCGUGAACGUAAAGCAGAACAAGUAGCACUAUUGCAGCAACAACGUGUGUUGCAAAUGCAAGAACAAGCACCGGAAAAACCAUCAAACAUUCAACUCAGUUGGGCCAAUAAACCAAUGAAAGCAAGCAAUGUAAAAUCUCUUGCCGAAAUACAGGCGGAGGAACAAGAGAAGUGCCAGAAUAUAGUCAAACAACAAGCAUCAUUACAACACAAGGAAAAGGAGACUAAGAUUGCUGCUGGUAUAUGGAGUGGUCAGAGUUUAACUUGGACAAAUAAUCAUGACACUAGUGGAUUUUGGGAAGAGCCUCCACAAAGACAAAGUGCCAGCAAGGUAAACAAUGUACAAGAAACUAAAACAGUCACCCCAAAGCAAACUCCAAAAUCGCAGAAAACUAAAGUCAAUAAAAAAGAUGAGCAUCCAAACAACAGUAAUUCAAGUACCGACGAGUUCACUGAAUGGUGCACGAAAACUUUAGCUAACAUGAAUACUACUGUUGAUAUUCCCACUUUCAUUAGCUUUUUACGUGAUAUUGAAUCGGCUAUGGAUGUGCGUGAUUAUUGCCGUGAAUAUUUAGGAGACAAACCGGCAAUCCAACAAUUUGCCGCUCAGUUCUUAGAAAAACGUCGCCUUUUCAAGCCAAAAGUUACCACCCAUAAAGAUGACCUGUGUUCUCCGGCACCUGCGAUCACUCCAUCUGUCCAACAUAAUAAUAGCGAUUUCCAAGAAGUCAAAUCCAAAGGUAGAAAGUGUAAGAGGAAGAUGCUGAAGGUUGAUUCACGUAUUCUAGGCUUCAACGUAACGGCUGCCCAAGAUAGAAUAAACGUAGGCGAUCGCGACUACGGUGUCCCCGAAGGAGAAGGAGGUAAGAAAUUAUCGUCAUUUCUUCGUCAAGGAGGUGCUAAUCUGGACUCUGGGAUAUGCUGGGCGGAUGGACCUCUUGCUUUAUAGUGCAGAAAGUUCCUAGCAAACAUAGUUAAUACUAUUUUGAUAGCAUACAUCAUUUGUGUCUUCAUUUAAUUGUGACAAAAUAUAAUUUUUCUCUUUAUUAAUAAAACAAUAUUCUUCCCAAUAA